AUGCCUUUCCAUAUUAUUGAAGGGUUUGAAGCUUUGAAGAAGCACGUGGAGGCGAGUAAAGCCGAAAAAUUGGUGAUCUACUUCCGUGGAACCAAGGUUAAUGGAUCCAAUUGGUGCCCUGAUUGUAGAAUAUGUAAGAUAAUCGCGAAUUUAAUUGACUUAUUGAUUUAGCUGAUGAUAAUGUUGAAAAUACUUUGAAAGAAUUGGGAUCGACCAUUGAUACUGUGGUUUGUGAUGUUGGACAUCGUGACUUGUAAGUGACGAAUUAAGAUAACACAAAUUUAUAGCUGGAAAGACAACUCCAAUCCUUUCAAAAGUCAGCUUAAGAUCACUGGAAUCCCCACCUUAUACAAUUGGAAGACGGUAAACGCAAUAUUGGAUAUAUCAAUUUUUUAGGGUGAAAAGGUAACUGAUGAAAAGGAAUUGGCCAAGAAAGAGGUUGUUCUGAAUUUCUGCAAAUAA